AUGGAUGCUUGUUUCCGUCUUAAGCGCCACGCUUUCUCAAACGAAAUCAGAGACCCAGCGCUCGGCGACGGAUGGGCGUAUAUGGUCGAGUGGGGGCCAUACAAAGAGUAUCUGCUUCAGGUUGGCGACCAGCAAGAAAUCAGCACUUGUACUGGUUUCAAACGGCUGCUCUUGAUUAUGCCAAUACCAAGUUCUCCCGGGGGUAUAGCGCAACCGGAGUCGGCAUGGGGGUUUGCGCCCGGCACGAAUUCGUACAGCCCUCAGGCGUUGGCGACCUACAAGCAGGAGAACGCUACGGUAACAUGGACUAUAUCUUUGGCUCGAUAA